AGAAGUGAAAUUUUAAAACACAACGUGAUUGACCUCUCCGUUGUUCGUAUCUCGAGUCACGACAUAUACUUCUUUGAGAAAGUUAUUACUUUUGUUAAUUUUUAUAUUUCUUCUUUACUAUUUUUUCUUUUUUAUCUGUUUCUUCAUCUUGGGUUUGACUGUCGGCCUAUGGGACCCAAAAAAAGUGCAAAUUUUGUUAGUAAACCCGUCAGUUAAAUUUAUAAACUUUUUUUUUUUUUUUAAUAUAUAUUAAUAUAUUAUUCUAAAUAUUUUAAAUAAUUUUGAUAAAUUUAUUUAAGACGUGAGUGACAAGAACCUUGGAGAAAGUAAAAAAAUAAAAGUGUAUUCAGGCUUUAGCGUUUUUUUGGCACGAGUAUAUAAAUAAGAUUAAACAAAAAUGGUCGAAGCACUCCUGGAAUCAGGAGGCCAAGAAGUUGCGGUUGCUGAUAAUGGAUCACGCGCCAGUACGCCUACGGAAUGCUCGCCACAAAUAUCACAAUUGGACAUCAAUUUGACUCCUAUCCAGGAGUUUUAUGCUGGCCAGAGUAUUUUUAUCACUGGUGGCACGGGAUUUUUGGGAAAAUUGAUCAUUGAAAAAUUAUUGAGAACUUGCUCCAAUCUCUCGGUCAUCUAUCUGCUGGUUCGUCCAAAAAAGGGGAAGAGUACUUAUGAACGCGCUGAAGAACUCUUUGAUGAUCCGUUGUUCGAAAGAUUAAAAGAAGAACAACCAAAAUUUCGCCACAAAAUAGUCGCAAUAGAAGGCGACUGCAGUGUUCCAAAUCUCGGAAUAUCAGAGACCGAUCGGAUUACUCUGAUAAAUCAUGUAUCAAUAGUUUUUCAUGUCGCAGCAACGCUGAGUUUUGAUGAAAAAAUAAAACUUGCCGUAUCAAUUAAUAUUCAGAGUCUGCGGGACAUGAUUAGUCUCAGUAAAAAGAUGUCUAAGCUCAAGUCCUUUGUCCACGUUUCCACUGCUUACGCACAUUGUACCGAGAAAAAAAUAGAAGAAAAAUUAUACACACCUCCCAUUGACGCAGACAAACUGGUCAGUCUGAUGAAUUGUGUCGACGAUAAUAUCGCUGAUAAAUUGACUCCACAUUUGUUAGGCCGCUGGCCAAAUACAUACGCAUAUACAAAAGCAAUUGCCGAGAAUGUGGUGGAAAAAGAAGCCGUAGGCUUGCCUAUCGGAAUAUUCAGACCCGCGAUUGUAAUUUCAACAUAUCUGGAGCCCAUAAAAGGAUGGAUCGACAACUUUUAUGGGCCAACGGGUGUUGCAGCUGGAGCUGGAACAGGUCUAUUGCGUUCUCUUCACUGCGACGGAUCUGUCCAUGCAAACGUAGUGCCCGGAGACAUGGUUGUCAAUGCGCUGAUAGCUUCUGCGUAUGACGUAAUGGAAGAAUACAACCAUCAGAAGUCGGAACAAACGAUCCCUGUUUACAAUUACGUCUCUCAGGACAACGCUAUCUCCUACAACCAGCUGAAAGACAUGUCCGCUAAGUACGGAGUCAAUUAUCCGACAAUGAGAGCUAUCUGGUACUACGGGUUCACGAACAAUAAGUAUAAAAUUUUUCACUUGUUUUACAUUUACUUUCUUCAUUUACUUCCGGCACUGCUGGUUGACGCCGCGACGCUUUGCAUGGGCAAACGUCCUCGACUCCUGAAGGUCUACAAGAAAAUUCACCGUUUUAUGAAUGUGCUUAAUUACUUCUCCACCCAGCAGUGGAGUUUUACUAACGAGCGCUUAAAUUCCUUGGUCAACAGGCUCGAUCCUAGGGACAAGGAUUUGUUCUUCUGUGACAUUAAAGAGCUCGACUGGAAUGAGUAUUUCAAAACUUAUCUAGUAGGAAUUAGAGUUUAUCUGAUUAAAGACCCACUUGACACGCUACCGCAAGCGAGAAUUAAGUGGCAAAGGCUGUACUGGAUGCACCAAUUUGUUAAAUUAGUUAUUUUUUACCUGAUAAUUAAAUUCCUGUGGAAUUUACUAACUUUUAUGGUGAGGUAUUAUUACCAAUUUAGCGCCAUGAUCCUGGAAAAUCAAGUACCCGGUUACGGGAAUAAGGAGAUAAAUGUUUAUGAAAAUGACAUAAACAUUAAUGAAAAUAAUAACAAUAUUUUAAAUAGAAUAAAUACGGAGCAAGUUAUAACGAGGACUCCGAUUCAAGAUUUUUAUGCCGGUCGAAAUAUCUUCAUAACAGGAGCUUCUGGCUUUCUCGGCAAAACUAUGAUUGAGAAAUUGCUAAGAAUUUGUCCGGAAGUAUCAACUAUUUAUAUAUUGAUGCGACCUAAAAAAAAGAGUAACAUUAUUGACAGAAUUGAAGAUAUUUUUAACGAACCUAUUUUUGAAGAUUUGAAAAAUAACUCACCGAAAUUACGUCAUAAAAUAGUUGCUAUACCUGGUGAUUGUUCAUUUCCUGAUUUAGGACUGACAUUAGAGGAUCGAAAGAAAAUAAUCGAAGAAGUUUCUGUUGUAUUUCAUAAUGCUGCCACCGUUAAAUUUGAAGAAAAACUUAAAGUUGCAACAACUAUCAAUGCCGGAGGUACUCUGAGUGUUAUCAAUUUGUGUAAAGAAAUUAAAAAUCUAAAGGCGAUGAUUCAUGUGUCAACAGCCUAUGCAAAUUGCCAUCUUGAUACUAUCGAUGAACAAUUCUAUCCUCAUCCUUUAAAGUAUGAAGAUUUACGAAUUAUCGUCGAUAGUUUACCAGAUGAAACUAUUAACGCAGUAUUACCCAGACUUUUAGAAAAGUGGCCUAAUACUUACACAUACACAAAAGCACUUGCAGAAAGUGUUAUUCGUGAAAAAUCACAAGAUUUACCGAUAGGAAUAUUUCGCCCAUCAAUAAUAGUAUCUUGCGCUGAUGACUCGCUGCCUGGAUGGAUUGACAAUUACUACGGACCGACGGGAGUAAUAGCAGCAGCAGCCGUUGGAUUCUUGCGUAGCAUCCGCAUUAAUCGCGAUAUUUAUGCAAACAUGGUACCUGUUGAUUACACAGUGAAUGCAAUUCUAGCAAGUGCUUGGGACGUCGCUACGCACCCAGAUAGACGCAGAGAAAAUAUGCUAAUUUACAACUACACGUCUACCGUAGAAAAUCCAAUCACCUGGGGAUUUUACAUCGACAAUUGCCUGGCAUUUGCCCGGGACUAUCCUCUCAAACAAUCAAUCUGGUAUCUCACAAUGACGACUAAUCAAAGCAAAGUGAUUAACUUUCUGGCAAAUAUAAUCUUGCAUCUCCUCCCAGCGCUGCUCGCUGACAUCCUCAUGGUUUGCAGAGGUCACAAGCCUCACGUUGUUAAAUCUGUCACUAAAAUAAACAGAUUUUUGAACGUCAUCCAGCCGUUUAUGCUGAAGAACUGGAGCUUCAAGAAUGACAACGUUCAGCGCCUUUGGUCAAGGCUUGAUUCUAAAGACAAAUUGAGCCUGAGGUUCACUUUUGAUGACUUUGACUGGAAGAAUUAUUUGAGGAAUCACAUGAAGGGAGUCAGGUUGUUUUUAUUCAAAGAGGAUCCUAAUAGCUUAGAAUCCGCCAGAAAAAGAUUACGAAGCUUGCGUUGGAUUCACGAAACAGUUAAGAUAGCGAUGGGUUUUUUUGUCAUAUACUUAAUUUGGGCUUUUAGCACUAUUUUUUAGAUAUACUAUACAUACUAAAAAAAUAUUUUGUACAUAAAUUUAAAUUUUAGUAAAGUAGUUGAAUUUUUUUUUUAUUUUUAC